AUGGGUGUGAUUCCAGUGCAUGGCGAUUUAGACUGGAAUGCGCAAAUGCAAUCUGCUGGUGGAAAGCUCGUAGUAGUGAAAUUUUCUGCCGUAUGGUGUGGUCCGUGUCAGCAUAUUAAGCCCGUGUACCACCAGCUAAGCAAUCAGUUUCACGAUGUGGUGUUUCUUGAGGUGGAUGAAGCGCAGAACCGCUCGUUGAUCGGUGCACUGGGUGUACGCGGUUUCCCCACUUUCCAAUUCUAUUUGAAUCAAGGUAAAGUAGACGAGCUCGUGGGUGCUGAUCCGAACCAAUUGCGUGCAAAGAUUGAACAGUGGCGUCAGGCGGCAUUCAACCCGUUUGCUUCGCCAGGGGUGACGCUAGGUGCCGGUUCUACCACCACAAUUAAGCCUCUAUCGUCUAGUGAGGCUCGAGAAGCUCGAUUGAAGAGGUUUAACAAUGUGAGUCUAGUCCCGAAUGUUCCGACAGCAGCUUCAGCUUCUGUUUCUACUCCUGCUGUUAGACCUGCGGUGCCAAACUCCGAUAUGGUUUGUGACCCGGUUACUGGCGUCUGUCAUUCGAACGAUGAUGACGAAGAGAUGAAAGAAGAAGGUAACAAAAUCUGUUCUCCUUCUGUAAACAAAGGGCUACUGGUACAGUUGAAGGAAAUGGGAUUUGACGAACUGCGCUCCCGCAAAGCGCUACUUGCAACGGACAACCAGGGCUUAGAAAUGGCUGUUAAUUGGCUUGGUGACCAUCAGGAUGAUGUGGAUAUUGAUGAACCAAUCAAGUUUGUUGAUUUAUCGAAGACCACACCAAAACGGGAGCUGACACCCGAGGAGAAGGCCGCGAAGGUCGAGGCGCUGAAAGUGCUUGUUGAAAAGAAACGUGCGGAACGGGAGGAAAAAGAGAAAGAAGAUCAGCGUUUGAAUGAGUUGAAGCGCCGUACCGAAGGACAGGGACUAUUGGAGGCUCGUGAUGAGAUUGAGGCGAUUCAACGAAAGAUCGCUGCCGAGCGGAUGAAGAAAGACAAGGAAGAUGCCAAGCGGGAGCGUGAGCGCCUGCGUAAGCAACUUGAGAUGGACAAGCGUGAGCGCCAGGCUCGUGGCGGUCGGUUAGGGGGUCCUCCUAUUGACCUUGCACCCGUUAAAGUUGCGGACACGAAGAACGAUGAAGAGAAAAAAACUAGCCCCGUGCUGACACCAAAAGAGCAGGUAGCAAAAAAUGUGGCCAUUUUGAAGAAGUAUCGUGUUGCCAACGAUGGACUCACAGCUCUCAAGACGCUGAACGUGUAUGUGAAGAACCUGGUUGAGAAGCCCGACGAAGAAAAGUUCCGUACGAUAAACCUAGAGAACCCAGCGUUCCGUAAACGUGUGGCUAGUCUUGUAGGUGGCGUGGCUUUCCUGAAAAGCCUAGGCUACGAGAAAGAUGAAGCUGAUGGCAAUCUCAAACUUGCAUUGGAAAAGCGUGACGUGGAGCUGUUGCAAUAUGCUCGUUCUCAGCUUGAAGGCGCUAUUGGUGAGCUCUCAAAUUAA